AACUCUAUUAUUCAAUUUCAUCGACGACGACGGCAACAAGACAAAUGCUGAUCAAACAAUUGGGUUUGAAGAUGUAUUAAUUCUGUGACUAUCUCCAGCAUCGUACACAUAUUGGGCCAAUAUAAAUUUACUCGAUGGAUUCUGGAUAUGAAAAACGGAUGACAGCCAGACUUUUGAAGGACCCAUCAACGGCUAGUAGUAGAGUGUUUGUCGGACAUCUGCAAUCUGAAGACACAACCAAGGCUGAGUUGGAGGAACACUUCUCCAAGUAUGGUAAAGUUGUGGGUUCCCUCAUAAAUCGUGGCUUUGGUUUUGUACAAUUUGACAGCGAGGAAUCAGCUAAAAAUGCUAUCCAAAAAGAGGAUGGUGCAGUAUUCAAGGGCAGAAGAAUCGAUGUGAGACCAGCUAAGAAGGAAAGUUUCAGUGGUGGGCAAGGAUCGCAAGGUAUGAGAGGAGGACCAGGAGGUUCCGGAAUAGGCAGCGGCCCAGGAGGUUCCACAAUGGGCGGAGGAUUCGGAAUAGGAGGAAGACUUGGAAUGAGUGGAGGCCCUGGAAUGGGAGGAGGACCCGGAAUGGGAGGAGGACCUGGAAUGGGAGGAGGACCUGGAAUGGGAGGAGGACCUGGAAUGGGAGGAGGACCCGGAAUGGGUGGAGGACCUGGAAUGGGAGGAGGAUCUGGAAUGGGUGGAGGAUCUGGAAUGGGAGGAGGACCUGGAAUGGGAGGAGGACCUGGAAUGGGAGGAGGAUCUGGAAUGGGUGGAGGACCUGGAAUGGGAGGAGGACCUGGAAUGGGAGGUGGAUCGGGAAUGGGAGGAGGACCUGGAAUGGGAGGUGGAUCGGGAAUGGGAGGAGGACCUGGAAUGGGAGGAGGACCAGGAAUGGGAGGAGGAUCUGGAAUGGGAGGAGGACCCGGAAUGGGUGGAGGACCCGGAAUGGGUGGAGGACCCGGUAUGGGUGGAGGACCUGGUAUGGGUGGAGGACCCGGUAUGGGUGGAGGACCCGGUAUGGGUGGAGGACCUGGAAUGGGUGGAGGACCUGGAAUGGGUGGAGGACCAGGAAUGGGAGGAGGACCUGGAAUGGGUGGAGGUCCAGGAAUGGGAGGAGGACCGGGGAUGGGAGGAGGAAUGGGAAUGAGUGGUGGAUCUGGAAUGGGCGAUAUGCAUGGCAAAGGCAACAUGAAUCCGUUUGGAAAUAACCAAUUCGCACCACAAAAUAGUCCGUUUGGUGGUGGAAAUCAGAACUUUGACCGUGGUAAUCAAAACUUUGAUGGACCGAAUCAGAUGUUUAAUCCUGAUAACAUCCAAGGUGGAAAUCAGUCUCAUGGCGGUGGUCCAUCGAGCCGUGAAGAAGAUAACGAUAAUUUUGACGACGAUAUACAAGAAAUUGAGAAUGAUAGUAACCCGAAAUUCAGCGGCAAUGAUCAGUUCAACAAUAGAAACCAGAAUCGAGGAGGCAAUCAACUUGGAGGUAACCAAAACAGGGGAAAUGAUUCAUUCAGUAGUAAUUCCGGAGGAGGCGGCGGCGGUGGCAGUGGCAACGGAAGUGGAGGAGGAUCUGUUAGUGGUGGUGGUGGGACUGGCGGUGGCGCCAACACCAGCGGUGGCAAUGCAAGUGGCGGCAACAACGGACCGGCAAAUAACCAGAAUAGAAACCAGUUCUCUCCAAACAGUCAAAAUCGUACCGGAGCCAAUCGCAACAAUCAGCCCAGCAAUCAGAAUCCAAAUCAAAACCAGCCCGGCAAUACCGGACGAUCUCGUGGUAGAAGAGGCGGUAAAAACAGAAACAAGAACAACGACUCCCAAGGAGGUGCUAACAAUAGUUUUCGAGAUCGUAGUCCACUUUCCCGGGGCGGGCGUGGAACAGACGACAAAGGUGGUCGGGAUUGGGACCGUCAAGGACGAGACAGGAGCUUCGGUCGUGACUCGUACAACGAUGGUGGUCGUUUCGACGACUUCAAAAACUUUGGAUCCAGCAAUCCUGGAGACAAUCAAGCACCAAUUAUUGAUAAAAAUGAUUGCGAAAUCAUCGUCGUCAAUAAAAUAGUCACCGAGUACGCCGAAAUGAUUGAAAUGCGAUUGAAAAAGAUCGGUUUAACGGUAGACCUUCUGUUCCCGAACGAGGAUGUGCCACUUAGUCGCGUACUUGGUAAUAUCGCGAGUCGUGGUUGUCUAUACGCCGUCGUGGUUGCUCCGAUAAACAUGGAACACCGUUCCCUGACUCUCAACAUUCUUCACGGACUACCACAAGAACAUCGAAACAUGCCUGUGGACGAUGCGAUAUCGUUGAUGAAUGUCGAUUUUUCCAAUUACAAAAAUGGUGGACGUUCGGUACCGCUGAAUAUACCAUUUUCAAACGAGCGCCAUCCCGAUGCAAUUCAAGUGUUGCUGAACAUGCUCGCGGACAAUCACCAAUUAACGGUAUUGCAGUACGAUCGUAUCAUCAAGUAUUUGGAAAUGAAACGAGAAGAGCAGAUUCAGAUAGAGCUUGGAGAUGCGAAGGAUGUUUCGGGGGGGAGUACAAUCGGAAUAAGUGAUCCGAAACAAGCUGAACUACAGUCGAGGAUACUUAAUAUUUUGAACAGCAAUAAACCCAACGCUAACGCACCAGUUCCAAGUCCGGUUCCUGCACCGGCCCCCGUACCACCCUCCACUUGGGCUAUAGCAGCAUCAACAAACACCGCAGCAGCAUCAACUACAUCGGCUUCUGGAGUUUCUCCAUCGCCGCUGCUGAACGAUCCGACAGUUCAAAAGGCCCUCGAUAGUCUUUUACAAGGAAACUUAUUGAAAAGCAUCGGGGACCCACAACCGGCACCAGCACCUUCGCCUUUAUUCGCUGCUUUUCCGUAUAUUGGUCGUUUAUGAAGAGAUAAAAAAGAAGAAAAUAAUCCCUGAAACUUUUUAUGAUCGCAUUCAUUUAGACGUUUCCUCCAAAUUCACCUCCGUUCAGAAUUAAGGAAGAAACAACACGAUAUUUUGACAUCAUUCGAACAUGAUAGAUUUAGAGACGAUUCUUUGUCUUCAAUUUUUUUUUUUAAGAAAACUAUUACGAUGUCUUCGACGAACCAUCUCAAUUGUUUUUCUGUAAGAAUUCUGUUUCACGAAGUUGAAAUUUUCAUUAUCGAUAGUGCAAGGAUGGAUGAUGAGUCCGCAAUCAAUUGAACACGCGAAAAUUAGAAUGGCUAAUGAACCAUGAUUUAAAAAUAAUUAUUAUUCAUUAACAACUCGUCUUCGAUUUCAAAUAGUUAUUUAACUCAAUGCCGUUAGAGCAGUAUCAUAAAUUGUUUGCAUGUAGGUUCCCACGUGUUCGAAAACUAACUGUAGAUCUUCGACAACAAACUUCUUUUCUUGUCUUAUAUAAUCGUGAACGACCGUCAAGAUUUUCAAAUAAAAUGAAUUAUCCGCCGAAAUUUUCUCGUUUCCGAAGAAUCGGAAAAUUGUAGUUAUUAAACGAUUUGACGUAUUGAGAAAAUUUUAGAGAAGUCAACAAGAACAAUUUUCCCGUAUUUUUUCCGUCUUAUUCGAUGUCGAUUACUUUGUGUAAUAAAAGUGAAAUAUUCAUUUGAUGA